GUCUUCUCUCAUAUUCAAAUCUUCUUCUUGGCGUUCUCCUGUUGUUGUUUGCGUGCUCCCAUUUCCCACCCACUUCCCACCCUCCUUUCCUGUCCCACAUCUCCUUCUCCUUUCCUGUCUCACACCCCACCACAUCCAUAGCAUGCUGGGGCUGCUGGUGCUUGCAGCAGCUCUGGCUGCCGUCGUGUUACCUGGUGCGCCCAUCAUGAUGGCCUCUGCGGCAGAACAAACCAGCGCUCCUGCACUGGCCAGCAUUGUUCGCGACAGCGUGGGCGCGCUGCACAUCAACACGAGCAAUCCCCUGCACGAGCCCGUUUUCAUCAACGGCGUGGACGUCGGCCAGCUCUUCGCAACCGUGAGCGCUCAGCAAGAUGUCAUCCAGUCGCAGCAACAAAUGCUGGGACACCUCUCUGCCGCCCUGUCCACCACGCAGUCAACCCUUUGCAGGAUGAGCAUGCCAACCGUUGCCACCCUGGCAACGGCUCCUGGCACGACUUCAAGAUGGAGCGGUGGCGUGCUGGCCAACAACGGGCUCAUCUAUGGCAUUCCAUCGUCAGAAACUGCCAUCCUUAUUCUCGAUCCCAGCACAAACACCAUGGACACCACCACAAUGACCAAUCUGCCGAGCACAGAUUUCAAGUGGCAAGGGGGCGUGCUCGCCAACAACGGCCUCAUCUACGGCAUCCCGUUCUUUGCGGGGUCCGUGCUCAUCAUUGACCCUGCCACAAACACCGCAGACGUCACCACCAUCGCCGGCCUCAGAGAUGACACCCCCAAAUGGGCGCGCGGUGUGUUGGCCGAUGACGGCCGCAUCUUCGGCAUCCCUUACAUAUCCUCUUCCGUUCUCAUCAUCGACCCCAGCACCAACACAACCAACACCACCAGCAUGGUGGCUGCCGUGAGCGGGAAGUGGUUUGGGGGCGUGGCUGCCCCCAACGGGCUCAUUUAUGCGCCCCCUUAUGAUGCAGACGCUGUGCUUGUCAUUGACCCGAUAAACAACACCACCGCGGUCAUAUCUAUGGCCGACAGGGACAGUUCAAGCGCUCUCAAGUGGAUGGGGGGCGUGCUCGCGCCCAACGGACUCAUCUACUGCACGCCAUUUGGGGCGCCAGAGGUGCUCAUCAUCGAUCCCGCCACACACACGUUGGAUUUGACCACCAUCACCGGGCUCGGUACCAUGACCAGCAAGUGGGGCGGGGCCGUCCUCGGCCGCGACAACCGCAUCUACGCCGUCCCACUGUCCGCAACCUCUGUUCUCAUCAUCGACCCUGCCACCAACACCACCGACACGACCACCCUCGACACUGGAGCAUCAGGAAUCGGUUUGUGGACGGACGCGGUGCGCGCGCCAAACGGUGACAUCUACGGCAUGCCAUCCAACUCAGCCUCCCUCCUCGUCAUCCGCCCCGACUGCUGAUGUGGUGUUGCGGAUAUUUGCGUUGCGUUGCGUUGCGUUGCGUCGCGUUGCCUAGCGUUGCUGCUUAUGCUUAUGUACCUGUUUGUUUGUUUGUGUUCUGCUUUGUGUCCAUGUAGUGCGAGGAUUCCUCCGAUGCUUGCUUGUUGUGUUUUCGCUUUCAAGUUCUCGCGCCAAACGCCAACCUGGUUCUAUGUAUUGCACAUUACUCAAAUGCCCGGAAGAGUUGAGACUCCAACACACAAUAGAUUGCUUUCAUGUG